AUGGCGGAUUAUCAAUUCGUUCCUAAUCCUAAUGAUACCAUUCCAAAAUAUAGAAAAUCAUUAGAAAAUUUUGAUGUUGAUUCAAUUAUGGAAUUUGAUUCAAUCAUGAAUGAUGAUAAAGUUGAAGAUAAUUUACCACCACCUUCAUUUUCUCGAAUUGAGUGUCCUAUGGAUUAUGGAUAUCGUCAAAAUAUGGCAGUUGUCAAAGUUUUAGUGCAAAAAGGAGAUGGUCAGCCUCCAGCUCUUAAGCUGAUUAAUAGAAGUCGACGCAAAAAAUUUUUGUCAAUUUCAAUUGAUAUACCACCACCUGAAGUUGUUAAACAUCAGAAUUUGGCAUCUCCAGAAAGUAUUGCACGAAUUCAAAAGCUCUUUUCAGAAAGGCCAAUUUGGACAAGAUUAGCAUUGCUAAACAAUUUACCUGUGUCUGAGAGAAGAAUUGUUAAAAUGUUAUUGCCUUUAAUAUCUUAUUGGAUGAUAAAUGGUCCAUGGCGCGAUUGUUGGAUUCGUUACGGAUAUGAUCCAAGAAAAGACAAGGAUGCUAGAUUUUCUGUUCCACGAACUUCCCAUAUUUUUGAUGGUCGCACUACUCAACGAGAUAUAGCAGUUUUCCAAAUGUGUGAUAUAACCGAUCCAUUGUUAAAAAGUUUAAUUGAAUCACCUGAUUCCGUGCAGGAAGAUUGUACAGAGCGAGAUGGUCAUUACAAACAAAGUGCACUACUAAAAAUGCGUAAAGUAAUGAGGAGAAAAUUCAAGGCAUUGACUGAAGAUAAGACUUUGAAAGAUGAAGAUUUCGAGGACUUGCUAUGCGAUGAUUCUUUGGGAAAUGAGGAUGACGGUCGUGAAGUAGAGGAAUUAAGUGAAAUCGAUGAUGAAGCAGAAGGAAAUUCACAUGCUAACAGAGACUCAAGCACUGGUAUUCAACCCUUUCUUCCUCCAGUGCCUUCAAGAAAAGAAACUUCAAAAAUCGAAAUAGUGCUUGGAUUUAUUUUAAAACCUAUUCUAGGAAUUCUUAAGUUUUUAUUAGUUGGAGCUGAUGCGUUAAUACUGUUUCUUCUCGUUGAUGUCAUUGGAUUGAUUCUGAUUAAAUUUAAGCUAAUUUAUAGAGGAUUUCAUUUUAUUAUCACCUUUAUUUUGGUACGACUUGCACUAUUUUUUAUGGGAUUUUAUUGGAUUCAAGCGGAAACUAUUUCUUUACGAAGAGGACGAGGGAAUUCUUUUAAAACGCGUGAAAAACCAAUAAAAUCUGGUGAUAUAAUUGUUUGCAAUUAUACAUCCUAUGUUGAUUUGUUAUAUUUGGCAUUUAGAUUCGAUCCAGUUUUUACACAAAUUUACUCCCAAACAAAUAAGCUGAGACCAAUAUCCUUGUGGACUGCACUAAAAUUAACAGGAUCAUACCCAGAACUUGUUUCGCCUAUAGGCACUAAAACUUUUAGUCUACAUGAGUUAAUGAUCGAAGCUAAAAAUAAUAGUUGGGGUCCGAUUGUAAUAUUCCCAGAGGGAACCACAUCGAACGGGCGAGCUUUGUUAAAAUUCAUUCCUAUCUUUAAAGAUUAUUCAUUUCCGAUCAAAAACUUCUCAAUUAAUAUUAUAACUUUUAGAUACGAAUAUGAAAAUUUCUCACCUACGUUUACUGUUGGAAGCAAGCUUUGGCAUCUUAUGAGGCUUUGCAGUCAGUUCGGUAACUCUCUUCACGUGAGAAUAAUUGCACCCCAAGAUUCGCCAUCAUCUUCAAGUUACACAGUUCAAAAUGUCCAAACGUCAGCUGCGUCUAAGCCGGAAGAUACUGUCGGUUUCCAAAUACAGCAUGUUAUGGGAAUGUUAUGUAGAUUACGUAAAACUAAUUUAGGAGUAUCCGAUAAAAUAACGUUUUUGGACUAUUAUUUAGAAAGAAAAUCAGGCGUAUAUACGAAAAGAUAG